AUGUCUGGAGCACGGCACUGGGAGCAAGAUAAAGAGGCCACUGUCUAUAUCGGCAAUAUCGAUGAGAGAGUGACGGAUAGCCUGGUAUGGGAAUUAAUGUUGCAAGCCGGUCGGAUUGUGAACGUACAUCUUCCCAAGGACCGCGUAACGCAGACACACCAAGGUUAUGGCUUCGUGGAAUUUAUCAGUGAAGAGGAUGCCGAAUAUGCUGCGCGGAUCAUGAACCAAGUACGAUUAUACGGCAAGCCAAUUCGAGUCAACAAGGCCUCAGCAGACAAGCAAAAGACAAUCGAAGUAGGCGCCGAGCUCUUCAUUGGCAACCUCGACGCAAUGGUCGACGAAAAGACCCUCUACGACACCUUCUCGCGCUUUGGCUCCCUCAUCUCACCCCCUAAAAUUGCACGCGACGAGUCCGGACUCUCCAAGGGCUACGGAUUCGUCUCCUACUCCAACUUCGAAGCCUCAGACGACUCCAUCGCAAACAUGAACGGGCAAUAUCUCAUGAAUAAGGAUAUCAGCGUACAAUACGCAUACAAGAAAGACGGCAAGGGCGAACGCCACGGCGACGAAGCAGAGCGCAUGCUAGCAAGCCAAGCAAAGAAACACAACGUGCAACUCGACGUGCCUCAAAUGCCCGCGCAGCUGCUCAUGAGCGGCGGCGUGCCUGCCGGCCCCUCGGCAAUGAUGGAUGGCCAGCAACAGUUGGGUGGCCCGCCACCAGGUGCUAUGCCUCCUGGAUUCGGGGGCCGUAUGAAUGGUGGUGGAGGUGGAGGCUAUAAUUCUGUUCCUCCGCCUCAGCAGCGGCCAAAUAUCCCGCUCCCUCCUCCUCCUUCGGGAUUACCGCAACGACCGCCGCCUUCGCAGGCUGGAUAUGGCGGGCCACAGGACUUUCAUCCACCGGGGUUUGCCCCCCCUCCAGGCUUUCCGCAGCAGCAACAGCAACAACAGAUGCCUCCUGGGUUUAGUGGGCCGCCGCAGGGGUAUAUGCCACCUCCUGGGUUCGCUCCUCCCCAGCAAGCACAAGGGCCACCUGGGUAUGGGGGUAGAAGGUGA